AAACAAGUUUGUGUGCGUGCAAAUAAGCAGGCAUAAUGUUAAGACGGUGAUUGUUUUGAUUGUUUCUCAGUGAGCGCAAGUUGAAGUCAGCCCCUCCAGCAAAUGAGGAAUAUUUCAAAGGCAAAUUGCUCUUGAUGCAGCAAACGUCAUCCCGGAGUGUGACUUAUUCAGAUCAAGGCGACGAGACCAAUCUGCCCAACGUCCGGAGCAUAUCGCUGAUGAAUCUCCAGGAUCCCAACGUUAACCAGGGUGAAUCUGGAUCCAUGGUGCACGAGGCCCCGGUACGUUUAUCUGGCAGUCAGAUUUCGGUCAUCCAGGUGGCAAAUAUCAAGCAGCUCAGAACACCACAGACUGCACCCCAAGUCAGGAGGCCUCUUCAUUCGGCAUUAAACCAGCAAGGCAUCCUUCAGGCCCUUUUUUUCCAGAAUCCAGUUUAUCAUCUCAACAAUUGUCCUCAGCCAAUUCCUAAAGUGUCCAUGGAAUCAAGCCUGGAUAACCUGAGUGUCACCAGUUCCCGAAGCCAGAAUAGCGAAGACCUUAAACUUAGCGUACCCAGCAAUAGCAGCAUGGAGGAUUAUGCCAAGCGCAGCACCCAGAAUGAAGAUCUCUCUGGUCAGGGCACCCUGUUGGACAAGCGAGCUAUGCCCGUUCAUCAGAAUUACACUGUGCAGGUCCAAAUCCACAAAGCGGACCAAGCGAGUUCCGGCUCAAGGGUCAGAUCGCCCCACUCACUUCCCCACAGUGCUUCCCUUCGAAGCACAGGCAGCAUGUCUGUGGCAUCUGCCACCAUGGCAAUGGAGCCUCUUCAGGAGGGAAAUCAAUCCCGGCAACAGUCUUCCUCUUCCCGAGAGAGCCCAGUUCCCAAAGUGCGAGCCAUUCAGCGGCAGCAAACACAGCAGAUCCAGUCGCCUGUAGAUUCUGCCACUAUGUCACCUGUGGAAAGGACUGCUGCUUGGGUCCUAAACAAUGGACAGUAUGAGCAAGUGGAGGAAGAGGCAGAGCAGAACCCAGAUGAAGCCAAUCACACAGAAAAGUAUCAGCAAGAGAUUGUCAAGCUCAAGGAUCGCCUGAAGGCAUCGAGUCGCCGGUUGGAGGAGUACGAGCAGCGUCUCCUCGUGCAGGAACAACAAAUGCAGAAGCUCAUUUUAGAGCAUAGAUCACUGAUGGAAGACAGCAAGGAGCGUCUGCGAAAGCAGCAGGAGGAGAAGGACAGCCAGAUGAAGAGCAUCAUCAGCAGGUUAGGGAGGGAGGGGCUGAAGAUAGAAAGGAAAUCCUCUCUAUUUCCAAUAAGCAGGUUGCUCUUAAGUCCAAAUUCAUACUGUUAUUUGAUAUUGUUAGAGGUUCCACCACAAAUGCGCGUAUGACAAAAGCGUGUGUGACUAAACC